UGUAUUGGUGUCAAUGGGGAUGUCAGUGACACCAAUAAUGGCGGUGAUCAGCGACUUAUAAUGGGACUGGAGCACUGACACUGUACUAAUGGCACUGGGCAGGAAGGGAUUAACAUCUGGGCCAAUCAAAGGGCUAACUGUGUGCUGUUUCACAGUGUGCUGUGUGAGUGCUUUCCACUGCAAGCAGACUGCUUUGUAUUGCUCUGCUAUGCAGAGCCAUACAAAGUAAUGUGCAGGAGCUGACAAGGGAGAGAUCUGUGUUAUUUAUACACAGGUCUCUCCCCCAUCAGAGAUACUCGGUGAUCACCGAUGCCAGUGAGUAAUCAU